AUGUUCCUCACAAAAUUCUGGAUCAAAUGUCCCGCCGCCGCCAUAUGGUUCGUCGAUGGGCUCGCCGCCUGCUGUCUCGGUGAGAACGAAAUCGGCGGAGGCGAUGGCGCCAUAAAGAACGCAGAAGAAGGCGAUUGCUGCGCCAAAGAGUUCAAAGACGCCGUCGACGUCACUGCCACAGAAUCCGCCCCCGAUGGUAAUAUGGAGAUAUUCAUUGGCAAAGAAACCAUAUCCUCUGGCACUCCUGCUUCCGCUCCUGCUGCCACAGGCGAUUGUGAGAUCGAUCCUGAACCGGACCGACGCAUUGUCUCCUGA